AUGAUAGUACAAGUGCAGUAUUUGGAGAUCAGGUCUUCCUACAGCCUGUUGACAUUCCCAUUGACAGUUUUAAAUCGAGAAUGGGUGAUUGCAGAACUAGCGAUAAUCAUGGCAGGGGGAGUUGUUGUUCACGUUUCCUUCAAUAUCACCAACGCCAGAGAUGUCUACGAUACAAUUUCAACCGCUGAGUGUAGAUCCGUUUUUAUAGACCCCGGCAAAGGAGAUGAAUAUCUAGAUAUUAUUUUACAACUCAAUGAAUGCAUCGUGAAAGACUCGAACAUUUCAAGUUUGAUGUUUCUCCGAAAAAGCAAGCAUCUAACAUCCUACGAUGAUGUCGCCGGAGUAUUGCAGUCAAAAGACGAAAACGAAGUAGAAUUUCCUAAACUCUACCCUGAGGAUGUAAUCGUGAUUUUCACGACGUCAGGAAGCACGGGAAAUCCUAAACUGAUCCCUAAAACACACUUUCAUACAACGAACAAUGAUAAUUUAUACUCUGGGAAAACUUACAAUGAUAGAUCGUUUGCUUGGUCAUCAGGAUCUCCCAUUCGAACAGUGUAUUUAGGGGAACCUAGGGUAUUCUGCGAUUCCUCAAUCGCCAUUGCAGGACGCAACACAAUGAAGAUAUGGGAAAUAAUCAAAGAAGAACAGUGCACCUCGGCACUAUUGUUACCUUACUUUCUUUCAGAUCUGGCGGCUAACGAAGAAAAUUACAAAGAACCGUUGAAACUCGAUGUCUUCAUCACAGGUGGACAACCGGUUUACAAUCUCCACACGAAGGUUUUCGGCGUUUUUACCAAGACUCUUGUAGUCGCAUACGGAUCAACCGAGGGGUUUCGUGUAUCCAUGCUUCCCCCUAUUACUGCUCCUGGUGAAACGCAAGCCAGUGAUGUAGGAAAACCAAUACCAGGUACAGAAAUGAAGAUCAUUGAUGGAGAUGGAAAUGUUUUGAGAAAACAUGAGAAUGGUGAGCUUUGUAUACGAAGCAUGUAUGAUUUUGAGAAAUACUACAAGAACACAGAAUUAAUGACGACGUCCUUUUGCCUGGAAAGUGGUUUCGUUCUGGGGAUAUUGCGCACAUCAAUGAACACGAUCAUAUAA